CCUAGCUCUUAUUGAAAACACCUCUAGGUUCUUUUACAUGCCCAGUGUAUAGCAUUGAUACGUGUAAAGAUUACCUGGAUUUCUUACCAGUACACCUCUAGGCACUAGGUGGGAAACACUGAAAGUGUCUCUGAAAAAUCCCAAAGGUGUUACCCCAGAUCGAACCAGGGACCUCAGGAGUGACAGUCAAUGGUCUAACCAACUGAGCUUUCAUUAUACAGUGCACUCCAGAUACAACAAGAUUGUCUGGACUUCACAUGAUUCCUCAUUAUAAGCGGGUCUCGUUAUAACAGGGACAGAACAAAUUGAGAAAUCCGACACUUAUUUCUACUUUCCCUUUCGUGUACAUAUUUUUUGACAAGUAUAUAAUGGGAGCUACAAUGGAUAUACAAUAUGUGCACAGUCAGAGAGUUGCAUUUACGCCAGCUCAUGUACAGCUAGCAUGUGAUGGAUUAUAUCUAGCAUUACCUCUCACAAGAUCAACUGUUGGAAUAUGGAGCCUACAGGAUAUCUCUUGUAAGCCGCUUGAGUUAGUUGGGCACAGUAAAAUACUGAGAGCUCUUGCUCUUGGUAAUUUAUCAGUUCCCAAACAACUAGUAUCAGCUGCUGAAGAUUAUGUUAUCAUAUGGAAUCUACAGCAAGCCAGGAGACAGUUUGAGAAAGGUGAGAAGAUAAAAGGUCGGGUGAUUGGUACAACAUUAGGAUGUGUUCAGUAUUGUUCUCUUAGUCCAAAUGACUCUCUUGUAGCUGUGUGUGUAGACAUUGACAUUGUAAUACUACAAGCUGCUAGAGAGAAUAAGAUAGCAGUACUAGAAGGUCAUAAUGGUACAGUAACAGCAGCUGAAUUUUGUCCUCACUAUACGUCUACACUUGUUUCCAUAUCUGAUGAUCGUACAUUCAAGGUAUGGAACUUGGAAGAUUUGACGCUUGUAUAUCAGUCACCUAUAUUGACACCAUCACCAUUUCUGAGUGUAGCAAUGAAUAUACAUGAACCUCGUGUUGCUAUAGGAGCAGCAGAUGGUGUGAUUCGUGUUAUAGACCUCACAGAUGGUAAUGGGUUUAGAUGUUUACAUCAGUUUGAUGUUGGUAAAGUCAUUGCUAAGGAGAAGGACGCUAAGUUUAUGGAACAAAAUGAAACCAAGAAAGGGCCUGUCACCAUAAGUAGUAGACCAACAUGGAAGCAGGGAGACCGGAACAAUUCAGUGAGUGAUGUACCUGACAACAUUGAUGACAGUGUAGAAGCUGGAUCAUCUGUACUCUGUUUAUAUUAUACAUAUGUACAUGAAGAGACCCUGGCUAGACAGGCAACUACAGUAUCUAGAGAUCUACCAUUCCUCUCAAACAAAACUGAUGUUGUAGGUGAUUUAUUGAAGACCUCUCCUAUGUUGAUGGUGGGUACAACAGCAGGCAUGCUAGAGUUUAAUGCUAGAACACUAGAUAUGGCUGGCUAUGUUGACUUUCAAGAUCCAGUAAGCUGUAAGGAUAACUUGAAUGCUGAUACAAAGACAUUGAAUGCUGCUGGUACAAUUAUAUUUGGUCAAAGUGCUGACAACAAGAUAUGGUGCAUAGUAGGAAGUCCUUUCCAAAAUGUUGUUCAUAUAUUAAAAUGGGGAAAGUCGGAAAGUAAAUCUAGGAACCAGACACCAGUAUCACGAAGUUCUGGGAACCAGACACCAGGGUCACAGAGUUCAAGUGAUCUAACAGAUAUAGAGGACAGAUUUUCAGCUAUGGAUCCCUCUUCAAGAGCUGAAAGUAUACAGAAACAAAUAGAAAUAACAGUAUUAUCUAAGUCAGCCUUACUGGAUGAUUCACCAUUGAGAGCUGAUAUGACACCAAAGACUAAAGAUACUAAAGAUAAAGUCCCUAGAGAUUUUGUAACUCCUCCAAAGAAAGGUGCUAUAUUAGAUAAACAGCCCGUCACAUUCAAGACAAAAAUAAAAUCAUCUGGUUAUACUGCAGCUCCAAGAAUGACCAUGUUUACACCAUCAACAAACAUUUCUGCAAAACCUAAAAUACUGGCAAAAUCAAGUACUAGGCAGACUCAGUCAGCACGAGAGUACCCAGUACGUGGUAACCCUCCAGUAAAUCUUAGUACAAAAUUUGAUGUUGCUGAGAGACCAACAGCUGUCAACACAAUUACUGUUUCAGAUGGAGGUCAGAACCUAGCAUGUGCUCUUGCCAAUAAGUCAGCUCUUGUGUUCAGUGUUCCAUUGUCAAAUAAAGGUUCUACAGCUUAUACAGGACAUAACCACAUAGUGACCUGUGUAGACUGGAGUCAUACUGGUUCCCGGCUUCUCACAUGUUCUGAUGAUAAGACAGCAUGUGUAUGGAUCAAAGGUCAAUCAGAUCCUGUAAUGACCUUUGACAGAAUGGUUAAAAACACAGCUAAUACAGAGAGUAAAAUUAACAAAAAGGAUAACAAAGCCUAUAGUAAAGAAGUGCACUUUGGACAGUUUUAUUUUAUGGAUAAAUUUAUUUUACUGUGUGUUGGAAACCAACUUCUCAUGUAUAAAUAUUAUAUAGAUACCAACAAAAAUGAUAUACAAAGGUAUUUAGCUCAGGGUAAAUAUAAGCUGGUACAAGAAUGGGGAGUAGAGUCACAACAGGUGACAUCCAUGUCAGCCAUUAACAGUUUCCUCUCUUAUAUUGUAUUAUGUGCAUGCAGUAACAAGAGUAUAGAGGUAUUUGAUUUGAACACUGGACAAAUGGUGAGAAAAAUGACAGAUGUUCAUUCAAGACCUGUACAUGCAUUAUGUCAAAAUGAGGGAUCACAAUUUGUAUCUCAUCCAUCAAGUGCCUAUGAUUUGUUUGCCUCGGCUGCAGCAGGUGACUGUAUCAAACUGUGGGAUCUUAGAACUAACAGAUGUGUAAGGAGAUAUGAAGGUCAUUUAAACAGAGUUCACCCAUGUGGUUUAUCAUUUAGUCCUUGUGGAAGAUUUAUUGCUACAGGGUCAGAAGAUAAAUGUAGUUAUAUAUUUGACAUGAGAUCAGGGACAUUUUUACAUAAAUUACAAGGUCACACUGAUGUUGUGUCUGAUGUAGCAUUUCAUCCUUCAACUCCACAGCUUUACACAUGUAGUUUAGAUGGCAAGUUAAACCAAUACACCAACAGAUGAUAACAAAUUCAAGUUUUAGUCUUUGUACUUUUGUGCUCUCCUGAAAAAUCUAGUCCUUGCAACAAUGUCAAAGACGAUUAAAGUAGUCAAUGUGAACAAGUAUUGUUCAUGUCUGGCGAAAAAGUCCUGUUCUUGUACUUGAGCAGAUAUACAGGCCAGGAAAGGUUGUUACAUAUCUUUGAGCUUCCAGAUAUAAUUGACUGUAAUCCGCCUGAAAGGAAGAUGGAUUGUGGGAUUUACAACACUCAUGAUUUAAACAUGAGAAGAAAUCAACGCUGAUUUACAUAGCAGAGAAUAUAUGAAUACAUUGUGAGAAUGCAUAUCGUCAGAACAUGAACUAUGUUAUAUUGAUAUCUAAUAUCAAGUAAACAAACUAUAAACUCUUGGUGUCUAUCGUUUUCAGAAAGAAUCUCAUGGUAUCAAAGAUGAUAUUGUGGUGAUUACAAUGUGCAUAUUUUAUUACAUUCACAUAAAACUAGCUCUACAUGAUGUGUUUCAAAGUAAUAUGCUUUGUGUUCUUCACUUAAAAUUCAAUACUACAUUACUCAUUUAUCGGUAAUAAAAUGAUGAAGUGUCCCGAUCAUUACAGAAACUUCAUGCAGAAUGUGUGUAUCUCUUUAGAUAAGUUUAAUGUUUCUUGAUGCUGACUUAAUUCAAUAUAAUUGUUUGUCAUUUUAUGUUAAAAGGCAAACUAUUUUCAGAUUGCUUACAUUGUACAUGCUAUUCAGAUUGAAAGUUAAUUGCACAUGUUCACAAAUGCUUCAUUUCAAAUGAAAGUAAAAUGAUUUUUGUUAUGUUUUUUGAUUGUUGAAAAAACAAAUGAGUAAAAAAAUAAAAAUGUCAUGGACCCAACUGUU